AUGAUUCAAGUGAUAUUACCGUUCUUAAUGUCAUUUAUAUCGGUGUCAUACGGUAAUGAAGAUGCAAAACGAUUAUAUGAUGACUUGUUGGUAAAUUAUAACAAACAUCGACGACCAGCACCAGAACCAAAUAAACCAAUUAAUAUCAAACUUAAAUUACGACUUUCACAAAUUAUUGACGUUCAUGAAAUCGAUCAAAUCAUGACAUGCAGUGUUUGGUUAAAGCAAGUAUGGACUGAUAAGAAAUUAUCAUGGAACCCACACAUUUACGGUGGUGUUAGCGUACUUUAUGUACCAUAUGAAAUGAUUUGGGUACCUGAUAUUGUCUUAUAUAAUAAUGCUGAUAGUAAUUACAAUAUAACAAUUAGUACAAAGGCAACCUUACGAUAUGAUGGCCAAGUAACCUGGGAACCACCUGCUAUUUUCAAGACAUUAUGUCAAAUUGAUGUCCGAUGGUUUCCAUUUGAUGAGCAACAAUGUUAUUUUAAGUUUGGCUCUUGGACAUAUUCCGAGAAUUUGCUAAAUUUGGAAUUUUUGGAUGGUGAAGCACGUUAUGAACUGGAAAUGAAUGAAAAUGGUGAAAUGAAUAAUAUUACAAUUGUUGAAGAGGGAAUUGAUCUUUCUGAUUAUUAUCCAUCGGUAGAGUGGGAUAUAAUGUCACGAAUUGCAAAGCGACGUACAAAGAAUUAUCCAACUUGUUGUUCGGAUGGAACAUACAUUGAUAUUAUGUUUUACUUGGAAUUACGUCGUAAGCCAUUAUUUUAUACUGUAAAUUUGGUAUUUCCAUGCAUUGGUAUAUCAUUUCUAACAAUUGUCGCCUUUUAUUUACCGUCACGAAGUGGUGAAAAGGUCACAUUAUGCAUUUUAACAUUGGUUGCAUUAACUGUUUUCUACUUAUUAUUGAAAGAUAUUAUUCCGGCAACAAGUAUAGCUCUACCGUUAAUUGGCAAAUAUUUAUUAUUUACAAUGAUUAUGGUUUCACUCAGUGUUCUCGUUACUGUCAUUUCAUUGAAUUUACAUUUUCGGAGGCCAGCAACUCAUCAAAUGCCUGAUUGGGUCAAAUGGCUAUUUUUGAAAAUUUUACCUAAAAUAUUAUUGAUGAGACGACCAAUCAUAAUUGAAACUGAUGAAGCAUUUCGUAAAUUUGGUCAUCGACGCGGAGAAUUAUGUGAAAAUGUGAUUAUUAAUCGCCAUGAACGAAAAGUAAACUGUGAUUCAUGCCGUACAACAAAUAUGCAAAUUAAUGAGCAAAUUCAGAAACUUUAUCGCUCACCGUAUGUCAUCAAAGCAUUCGAGAAUGUUUGUUUCAUUGCAGAAUUGUUGAAGAAGAAAGAUCGCGAUGCGAUGAUUGAUGAGGAUUGGAAUUUUGUUGCUAUGGUACUUGACAGAUUAUUCCUUUUGCUUUUUUCAAUUACCUGUUUUUCAGGUACUGCGCUAAUUCUUCUUCAGGCACCAAGUUUAUAUGACACACGACCAGCCAUUGAUUAG